AUGGAUAGUGCUUUGAUGUCAGACAAAAACCUUAAGAAGCCUUCGAAGCCGGCUUACUAUGGGACGGCUGGAUACAGGUCGAAAACCUCGGAUUUGAACAACAUAUUGUGCAGGGCGUCUCUCAUAGCUUACCUGAGAUCAACAACAUUUGCAGGAAAGAUUGUCGGGGUGAUGAUUACUGCAAGCCACAACCCUAUUGAAUACAACGGAAUCAAGAUCAUCGAUCACAAUGGAGACAUGCUGGAUGAGGUGUGGGAGGAAUACAGCGACAAGGUUGUGAACUGUGACGAUGAUAAGCUUCCCAGAGAGAUGAAGAAGAUCCUAAGGUCUUGCAGCAACCAGAGUGAGCUGGGGGAAGGGGUGACAGCCCAUGUGGUUCUUGGAAGGGAUACUCGGGACAGUGGGAAGGAUCUAUGCGACAACAUCAAGUCUGUUCUGAGUAAGUUGAAUUGUGUAGUGGAUGACUACGGGGUUGUGACCACGCCCGAACUCCAUUUUCUUGUAAGAAGGUGCAAUAUGGAAAACAGGAUAGUUGGCAAGGAGGAAUACAUAAAGAACAUUACUCGUAACUUUUCCAAGCUACUUUCCAUAACGAAGGGAAACCUUAAGAUGAUGAUAGACACUGCAAAUGGAGUUGCAGGAAUGAAGAUCAAGAAGAUAGAUGAAGUGCUUGAGGGGAGGCUGAACUAUGAGAUUCUGAACAGUCCCACAGGGGUUCUGAACUUGGACUGCGGUGCAGACUUUGUCAAGACAAAGAAGAGAGCGCCGAAGCUGGAGGUGUUUGAGUCUGGCAGGUUUUCAUGCCCACCCAACGGGAUCUGUGCUUCUUUUGAUGGCGAUGUAGAUAGACUCAUAUUCUUUACAGGCUCAAAGGACAUAGAGAUAUUUGACGGAGACUCCCAGGCAGUCUUCCUUGGCCUCUACAUAAACUCUCUUUUGGAGAAGAUAGGGUCGAAGCUUAGCGUUGGGGUUGUACUUUCCUACUAUUCAAACAACGCUGCUGUCGAUGCUCUUCCCUCCUCGUCGUUCAAGGUUGUGAUGGCACAAACUGGGGUCAAGAACUUUGUAAGUGCAGCAAGAAACUUUGAUGUUGGUGUGUACUUUGAGCCCAACGGACAUGGGAGUGUUUGUUUUUCGCAGGCGUGCAUAGAUGAGAUAGAAAGGGGAAGCAGUGAGCACCAUACGAUUCUCAAAUGCCUAGUCAAUCUAUUUGACCCGUGCAUUGGGGAUGCACUUGCCAACUUCAUGGUUUUCCGAGCACUCAUGGUGAAUGCAAGUGACCUCAGGAAGUUCAAGGAAAACCCAAGCAGGCUCCUGACUGUUAAGAUUGUGGACAAGAACAGCAUUAAGGUUGAUCAAAAGAACCAUGUCAUCGAGCCAAAGGAGCUCCAGGACAAGAUCGACAUGGAGGCGCUGAAUCUUGGGGGGAGGUCUUUUGUCAGGCCUUCUGGGACGGAGGAUGUUGUAAGGGUAUAUGCCGAGUGUUCGACGGAAGCAGAUGCAGAUCUUCUCUGUCUUAAAGUUGCACAGCAUGUUUAUGACAUGUGCAAUGGCGUUGGAGACCACCCUGAGAUUGAUUAUACAAAUAAAUGA